AUGGUGCGUAUGCUGUUUGACUUUCACAGGUUCAAUCAAGCUAAGGAUGAUGUGAAAAAAGGCUGGUACGUGGUCUGGCAAUUGUUUUUAUCUAAAUUCAAAUUCCUGAGAGAAUUGAUAGGCGAUACAGGGUCCCAACAGGGAGACAACGAGCCUUUGGAGACUGAAGCUGAACAGGAGACUCCACCCUCGCCUCAGAGAGGUAGACAGAAAUCUGCUCGGCAGCGAAGGGCACCUACAGAAGACACAACUUAA